GGAAUUAAUUUUUCCCCCUCCAAAAUGACAGCAAUUAUCACAGCCAAAUGGAAAUAGUCUUCUCACUUUGAAGUGAAGUAAAGCGGCGCCUCACAGCAGUGUGAAGAGCAGAGCCCUUCGCUGCACCAUUUGUUGUCCUGCCCUCCGCUGGAGUAAGACUACACGCUAGGUUAAGCACUAAAUUGGGUAACCGUUCUGUGACAGCACCUGCCUGCACUGAUCAUCUGGAGCUGGAGGAACUACUAACAAACUUUUUUUUAAAAAUAAAUUAGAUUUGGACUUUAAAACCAUGAAGGACAAGAAAAAAGAAUAUCUGACUGUGAAGGACCUGCAGAGAGUUCUGGACUCAUGCAAGCUGCAGCUGAAUCAAAUUGAUGAAGUGUGGCCGAAUAUAUACAUAGGAAAUGUGGCAGCUGCCCAAAACAAGGCCGCCUUGCUGAGGUUAGGUAUAACUCAUGUUUUAAACGCUGCUCACUCCAAGAGGGGGAGCAUGGGGAACCAACGAUUUUAUGGCAACGACUUUGUGUAUUUUGGCAUUCCAGCAGAUGACUCAACGCACUUUGAUCUGGAUGUUUAUUUCCAGCCAGCAGCUGAUUUCAUUCACAAUGCCUUGAAGUCGCCCAGUGGGAAGGUCCUGGUGCACUGCAUCAUGGGAAUGAGCCGCUCGUCCACCCUGGUGCUGGCGUACCUCAUGAUCUACCAUCACCUCUCCCUCAAAAAGGCUCUGGAAAAAGUGGUGAAGAAAAGAGCCAUCUACCCAAACAGGAACUUUCUGGCGCUGCUGCUGGAUCUUGACCUUCAGUUGACGAAGAAGAAGAAGAAGAGAACAUGUCAAAUCCUGUAGAUGGAUGGUGUUUGCACUUUUUAUACUUUUGUUUCAUCACUGGAUUUUGGUCAACAGAUCUCUGUGAGGUUAGCGUGUGAUUAGUAUUUUUCUGAGCUGCAACAGCUUGUAGAAUUUUAUCAAGAAAGUCUGUAAAAUAUUAUUGAUUUGGCAACAAUUGUGCAACUUCUGUACAAACACCAGGUGUUAUAACCAUAAUUUCUAUAGUCUAAAAACCUAAUUCAUCAAUCAUUUGGUUGAAGAUAACUUUGUGAGCACUUUGUGGCAUUAAAGACCCUCUCUAAUCAUCUUUUGAUCUAUUUUAAAGGUGUUUCCAGUGCUCUUUUGAGUACGAAUAUGCAAUUUUUAUCCAAAAAAGAAGGACAAAGUAGGACAUAGUUUCUGCAGAGCAGAAAUGCAAUUUAAAACUUUCAUUUUACGUCAUCCACCAUGAGAAAAAUGCUACAAAAACAUGUUAAAGUGGAUCUUUAAUGCGCUUUCAGUGACCAAUGACUAUUUAGUAUUGUUUUCUCUUUUGUAAAUGUGUUGGAAAAUAAUUUUGCGCAAAAAUAAAAUUUUAAACUAAGUAUUUAGGCUCCUGGUUUGAUUCAUCUUUUUUUUUUUUUAGAAUCUCUUAGGUGAGAACAUAAAGUAAACAUGUUUCCAAGAGUAAAUCUUUCUACUUUUAGUAUUUCACUAUUUUUUUUAACAUUAAAAUAAAAAAAAAAAUAAAAAAACAACAUUUUUAUAAGCUAGUAAACUGUGUUUUUUGGAAUGCUUUUGAAUAUUUUGUCAGACAUAAAUAGGACUUAAACUUUGUUUGAAAGUAUUCCUUGAUGUGGUCAAAAUAAAUUAAACUUUAAAACUCAUUGACAUGAGGCUUACAUCUUAAAAAAUGUAAAUAUGUAAAAUAAAAAUAUUUAA